AUGGAGAACCCACAAGAGGAAAAGGUGGCGAAGGAGGUGCAGAAGGAGGAGGAGGAAGAAGAGGAGGAGCCUGCUAACUUUUUCGAGAUUUUCGAUGCGGAGCACCAAUACGAUCACACCACGUUCAUCUUUGAUGGCAAGGAGAUCAAAAUCGAGAGCCUUGGUGAUUUUGUGCAGAACACUCAUCUGCUGGGCCAAAUGGUGUGGCCCAACGCCCAAAUCUUGGGCCACUGGAUGGUGCUGAACAAGGACCUCUUCAAGGACAAGACCGUCCUCGAGCUCGGCGCUGGGCCGGGCCUGAACGGCAUCCUUGCGUCUGUGUACUGCAAGCGGGUGGUGAUGACCGACUACCACGACAAGGUGGUGGACCUUCUCCAGCGCAACAUCCAGCUCAACUCCCACCUGGGCACCGACAUGCAGGCGGCCAAGCUGACGUGGGGCGAGGGCGUGGUCGAGUUCAACCAGCAGUACGGCCCGUUCGACAUCAUCAUCGGCUCCGGCUGCGUGUAUGAGAGCGAGUGCAUUCCGCUGCUGCUGGCGACGGCGCACUAUCUGCUGCCGGUCAACGACACGGACUACAACGAAGACGACCUGAGCAAGAACGAGGGUGGGCGGCUGGUGCUGUCGACCAACAACUACCGGUACGAGAGGCGGAAGGAGCAGUUCGAGGGCAUCACCCAGAAGCUGGGCCUGCGGCAGCAGUUCAUGGACAUGCGCAAGCUGCUCGCCUUCGCCGAGCAGGAGAAGGCCAAGGACCCGCGCGUGGCCGUGCAAAAGGACGAGUUCGACCUCAUCCACGUCUGCACCCUCUCCCGACCCUCCACCGCCGUCCCUCCCACCAUCGGCUCCUCCGCUCCUUCUUCUUCUUGA